AUGGCAAUGCGAACGAAACAGAAAAAGGCACCGUGGGCUAAGGUAGAUGUGCACCAAGCGCCGACCUCUCCCACCGAAAUCUUCAUCAAGUUCGGGUUAAUGAGUACAGUGAGAGGCAUUCCAAGAAUCUUCAAGGCGAGGAACAGAUUUCUCUCCAUCUUCUGGGCAACUACUGUGAUCGCUUUCCUAGUAGUUUCUUUCUUCCAAGUUUAUCAAAUAGUUGACGGUUUCUUAGGCUAUAAUAUCAAACAGGAACAUAAUAUAAAACUCUCUCGGAGUGCAACAUUUCCCGAUAUCACUGUAUGCAGCUUACAGCCGUUCAGGAGUAAGAAAUCAUUGAUGAGCGACAAAGUGAAAAGAGCCGAUGCACUGAUUAAUGAGUAUUUCUUUAACGUCUCGAAACGGAUUACUAACCAGUCGUAUGAAGACUAUAUUGAGACGGAGUUCCAGUAUAAGGCUGGCAGUGUACACUGGAGUCGUGAUAAUGAUCACUACUAUGAUGACGAUGAGGCUUUACUGAACUUAGAUUGGUGGGGUGAUGCCGAUUCCGAGGGUGGGAAUGACGAAACACCAACAUAUGACUCAGGUGACACGGCUGGAUGGACAGUGCGGAACCGUAGAAAGCGGACACCAAAAAUCAACCUUGCUAAUAAAAGAGAGCACUUAGUUGAUGAUGAAACUAUGCGGAACAUUCUGAUGACAACUACUGGCCUGUACCAAAACAUUCCGAGGCAACUGCAGCAGAAGUUAGGCCACCAGAAAACGAUUAUAGAUCAGUGCAUCUACACUGUACAGACUGUAAAGGAGAAGCGCUUGGAAACAGUUAACUGUACGAUCCAGGUUUUCCACUUCCCGCAGUACUUUAAUUGUUAUACGAUUUCAUUAGGAAAAGGGAAGGGCACCGUUUUAGAAGUGGUCGUAAACUUGUUUCUGGACGAUGACGUUUCUUUGGAGUAUCCGAAACAUUACACACGCGACACAGAUUCUCAAAAACACGGCGUGAGAGUGGUGAUACAUGAUCCGUAUAGUUACCCGGAUGUUCGUCACGACGGCCAUGACGUUCCACCUGGAAUGUCAGCAAAUUUUAUUUUGAGGACCAAUAUGCGGAAGCAUUUAGCGGCACCGUACGGUACAUGUUAUAAUGACGCUGCGCCGAUAGAAGAUAUGCACGGCAAUCAGUUUAAAUACCGCAGGAAAACGUGUGAAGAUCAAGCAAUUCAGCGGAAAAUUAACAAAGACUGUCACUGCAUUGAUCCAGGUAAGAUCACAGAUCCCGUCACUUCUCGUAACCUCUCGCUUCCAAACGGGAGGCUGCCGUACUGUAUGGACAUUCGCUUCAGUAAAACGACUAUUUCAUCUCGGCUAGCAUGUAUGUAUGACUACAACAUGAAUCCACCAGGACCAGGGCUGUACAAGUGCCCAUCUCGCUGCAAACAUUACGCGUACAUUACCACAAUGGAUAUGGCCAAAUGGCCUCACGAGUCUUUUCAUCUCCCCCUGUACGAAACAGCACAACAAGACCGCAAUGUCAGCUUCCCACAUUUGGACAAAGCUAUCCAUAAAAUGAAGGAAGCAGAAUCAAACGAUACAGCAGAGCAACUAAGAGAGACAAUUGAAACUUCGGUGACCGACUGGUUGUUAAAGACGCACGUUUUCCAGCGGAACUUUGCGUCUUUGACAGUGAGGAGGCCCACUUUUGAGGUCAAUUAUAUUGUGGACAAGCCAUCCAUCGAUGCACCUACCCUGAUGAGCCGGAUUGGUGGAAUCAUGAGUUUCUGGUUGGGAAUUACAUUUAUAACGAUCAUAGAAUUCGUGGAAGUUGUUUAUGAUGCUAUUUCCCUCAUGUUAAAGAACCGUAAAAAAAGGCUUAGGCGGAAGAACCCGGAAGUGGAGAAUAGUUAUGAAGCUGAACGUUUGGGAAGAGAAAAUACGGAACGUUUAUGA